GUAACGGCUGCGGAAGGAGUCGUCGUUUACGUUCUACGAGAGGAUCUCUUUGCCGAACCGAUACCGCAAAUGUAACUCUGUCACACAAAACCAUCAUGGAAUUAAACUUAAGGCGCUUUCAAGGCGUCAAACCGUCAAAGGGGCUCCUUCUGGUGCCGUUUCUGCUGUCGGUCCUGCUCGUCGGCAGCCUCGGUGACGGCGACAGCAAUGGGCUGGAUAACGUCACCGAGAGGAUGGCUGAGGAAAGCCACCGACAGGACAGCGCUUAUCUGCUCCUAUUCAUAAUGCUUCUAACGCUCACCAUUCUCACGAUAUGGCUCUUCAAGCACCGGCGGUUCAGGUUCCUCCACGAAACGGGGCUCGCCAUGAUCUACGGCCUGCUGGUGGGUGUGAUCCUGCGGUUUGGCAUCCACGUUCCCCAAAGCAUGAACGACCUGAUCCUCAGCUGCGCCGUCAACGCCAGUCCUGCCACUUUGCUGGUCAACGUCAGCGGGCGAUUCUACGAGUACACUUUGAAGGGGGAAGUCAGCCGGAGCAAAGGUCAUCAAAUGGAGGACGUUGAGAUGCUGCGAAAGGUGACCUUCGACCCUGAAGUGUUUUUCAACAUUUUGCUGCCUCCCAUAAUCUUCCACGCAGGUUACAGCUUAAAAAGGAGGCACUUUUUUAGAAACAUUGGCUCCAUCUUGACCUAUGCUUUCAUGGGAACAGUUAUAUCCUGCUUUGUUAUAGGGCUCAUCAUGUAUGGCUUUGUGUCCUUCAUGAAAGUCGUGGGGCAGCUUGGAGGCGAUUUUUACUUUACUGACUGCCUCUUUUUCGGGGCCAUCGUCUCAGCAACAGACCCAGUGACAGUACUGGCUAUCUUCAAUGAGCUAAAAGUAGACGUGGACCUGUAUGCGCUGCUGUUUGGGGAGAGUGUUCUGAACGAUGCUGUGGCCAUCGUCCUAUCCUCCUCCAUUGUGGCGUAUCAGCCUGCAGGGGACAACAGCCACAGCUUCGAGGCCAUGGCCGUGCUGAAGUCCUUCGGCGUCUUUCUGGGCGUCUUCAGUGGAUCUUUUGCUCUGGGAGUGGUUACUGGAGUCUUGACCUCUUUCGUCACCAAGUUCACCAAGCUGAGGGACUUCCCGCUGCUGGAGACGGCGCUCUUUUUCCUGAUGUCCUGGAGCACUUUUCUGCUGGCCGAGGCCUGCGGCUUCACGGGUGUGGUAGCGGUGCUGUUCUGUGGGAUCACUCAGGCUCAUUACACCUACAACAAUCUGUCUCCUGAAUCCCAAGACAGGACCAAGCAGUUGUUUGAGCUGCUGAACUUCCUGGCAGAGAACUUCAUCUUCUCCUACAUGGGUCUGACUCUCUUCUCCUUCCAGUCACAUGUCUUCAACCCGCUGUUCAUCAUUGGCGCCUUUGUGGCGGUGUUUCUCGGCAGGGCUGCAAACAUCUACCCCCUGUCCUUCCUCCUCAACCUGGGUCGCCGAAACAAGAUUGGAUCAAACUUUCAGCACGUCAUGAUGUUUGCAGGUCUGCGAGGGGCGAUGACCUUCGCCCUUUCUAUCCGGGACACAGCUACUUACGCCCGUCAAAUGAUGUUUUCAACCACCCUCCUGAUUGUUUUCUUCACCGUGUGGAUCUGUGGAGGUGGCACCACGCCCAUGCUGUCUUUCAUGAGCAUACCAGUGGGUGUGGACUCUGAUCAAGAAAACUUUAGUUCUGCUGUGUUGGACGGGUCACAGCGGAGAAGCACCAAACAGGAGAGCGCCUGGCCCUUCAGAAUCUGGUACAACUUUGACCACAACUACCUGAAACCCCUGCUGACCCACAGCGGUCCUCCUCUCACAGCUACUCUGCCGGCUUGUUGUGGACCUCUGGCACGAUGUCUCACCAGUCCACUGGCAUAUGAGAAUGAAGAGCAGCUACAUGACGAUACCGACUUCAUUCUGAACGACGCCAACGUGAGCUCCAUGUACGCCGACGUCACCGUCAGCACAGACGCGUCCGGCUCUCGCACCGUCGACCCCAAACGCUUCACCGCGACCAGCGCCAGGGGUGGCUCGUUCAACGACACUCUGGGACACGAGCUCACCCUGACGGAGCACGACGUGGCGAUCCGCGGCACGCGCCUGGUCCUGCCUAUGGACGACCCCGUGGAACCCCCCACUACUGUCACGCUCCCACCUCCACCCUCUCCACCUCGCUCUGAACCCCACAGGCACAGACUGUAGGAAAGGUUGCACCAUCCAGAUAUGGUUUGUUGUUUCUGCUUCCAAAAAUUGUCCCUGUAAGAAAAUACUUUAGUUUUGAAGUCGGGUGUCAAAUUACUUUUAUGGAAUGAUUAUUGUAAUGAUUUGGUGUUGACUGGACCUCCACUUUUAACUGUUUCAACUUUU